AGCUCCCAUCUCAGAAAGUUCCCGUCUCGCGCGCGCGCCCAGUUUGGAUGAGCUCCCGUUACUGCAGGUAUAAAACGGAGAGGAGGAAACCGGAAAACCCCGGAGGGUACGUGGAGAUCGUUCAUUAGAAGUGAAGCGGACGGUGUUUUUCAGCUUUAUUCCGUGAACAAUUGUCAUCAGAAGAAGCGGAACCGGUCUGGAGAGAACGGAGAAUCCCGGGCUCGUGACGGCGCGUUCCGUCCGUCCGUCCGUCCGCUCGCGCGCCGCGCUCCAGUUCCCCGCAGCUCGCGCGCGCUACUGUACCGAGGAGUCUGGAAGCAGGAUGUGACCAUGUCCACCAUAUACUGCUCAUUACCUCCAGUGGAGAAAGGAGAAGAAUAAGAAGAGGAGAAGAAGAGAAACAUCUCCCUCUCUGAAAGAUUCCUCCUGGGUUUUUUGUCGGACAGACGGAAUAUUAUCUUGUAUUUUUUUUGUCUUUUUUUCUUUCCCUGUGGAUGUAGGAGACACUGCUGAGAUGAUCAUGAAGAUGACGAAGAAGAUGAUGGUGAUGAUGAGGAGCCUCACACCGAACACCAGGGUCCCGGUGCGGCGCGCGGCUCCUGCAUCAUGACCGACGGGGAAGCGGAGCAGUGCGCGAGAGCCGGAGACACGCGAGAGACCGGCGUCGCACGUGAGGACAGCACACGCCUCCCGUACCCGUCUCUCGCGCCCGUGGUCUUCUUCUGUCUGCAGCAGGGCACGCGCCCGCGGAGCUGGUGUCUCGCGCUCGUAUGUAGCCCAUGGUUUGAGCGAGUCAGCAUGUUGGUGAUUUUGCUCAACUGCGUCACACUUGGCAUGUUUCAGCCGUGUCAGGACCUGGAGUGUCACACAGAACGCUGCACCAUCCUGCAGGCGUUUGACGACUUCAUCUUCGCGUUCUUCGCGGUGGAGAUGGUGCUUAAGAUGGUGGCUCUGGGAGUGUUUGGGCCGAAGUGUUACCUUGGCGACACGUGGAACCGUCUGGAUCUCUUCAUUGUCAUGGCAGGGAUUUUGGAGUACUCUCUAGACGGACACAACGUCAGUUUUUCUGCAAUCAGGACAGUCCGAGUUCUCAGACCUCUUCGAGCCAUCAACAGAGUUCCCAGUAUGCGCAUCCUGGUGACGCUCCUGUUGGACACGUUACCAAUGCUGGGAAACGUUUUGCUGCUGUGCUUCUUUGUGUUUUUCAUCUUCGGAAUUGUCGGCGUCCAGUUGUGGGCGGGGCUACUGCGCAACCGCUGCUUCCUGGACGACGGCAUAAAGACGAUGUAUAAUUUCUCUCCAUCUUUAAGCGCUUACUACAGACCCGAGGAAUCCGAUGACAUCGCCUUCAUCUGUUCGACCAACCGCGAGAACGGCAUGCUGCGCUGCUCCGACGUCCCGCCUCGCAAAGUGGCCGGGGCUUACUGUGAGAUGAACGCUCAUAACGCCACGGACCUCGCUCCUCUAGACCCCACCCACAGGGGGUGUGUCAACUGGAACAUCUAUUACAACACCUGCAGGGCGAGUGACCACAAUCCGCACAAUGGUGCCAUCAACUUCGACAACAUCGGCUAUGCCUGGAUCGCCAUCUUCCAGGUGAUCACUCUAGAAGGUUGGGUGGACAUCAUGUACUAUGUCAUGGACGCACAUUCCUUCUACAACUUCAUCUACUUCAUCUUCCUCAUCAUCGUGGGCUCCUUCUUCAUGAUCAACCUGUGCCUGGUGGUCAUCGCGACGCAGUUUUCGGAAACUAAGCAGCGGGAAAACCAGCUGAUGCGGGAGCAGCGAGCCCAUUUCCGUAGCAACGAGUCGACACUGGGGAGCCUAAGUGAGCCCGGAUCGUGCUACGAAGAACUCCUCAACUACCUCGGGCAUUUGUUACGCAAGUUUUAUCGCCACCUCGUUCGCUUGUCUAACGAGGUGCGGCGCAAGAGCACCAGCCUAAGGGAGACCGGCGGUGUGGGUGGAGCCAACGGACACUGGAGCAAGAAGGAGAAGAUCGAGCUGACCCGACAACUCUUCCAUCAUCAUCAUCCUCAUCCGCCUCCUCCUCAUCAUCUUCAUCACCUGGGAAAUGGCACGGAAUUACCGGAAAUGAAGGCGGUGCUUCUGAGCGGAGAGAAAUGUCUCCCCAGAUACGCUUCCUCCUUCCCCCUGACCGUUCACAGCCUCAGGGGCAUCGGCGUAAACUACCCCACCAUCCUGCCCCUGGCCUUCUUCACCCAUUCACGGGUUCACCCCAGCUGCACUACUGCCCUCAAGAACAAGAACACAAACCACAACAAAGAGCAGCAUGGUGUGUAUCCAGGUGUGUGUACCAGUGUGUGUACAGAAGCUGGCAGCAGGCCGGCACCGUGCGACUUCCCCACAUGCCCGGUUCCUGCUCGAGAAGCCGACACGCUCAGCUCCGACUCCGCCUGUAACUCCGACUCGGACAGAGAGAGUGAGACGGAGGUGAAAAAAAACAGAAGCUGGGAAUUUGACAGGAACGUGGGCGAGAAGCCGAAGAGGGAGAACUUCCUGGGUGUGUGUGUGCAGUGUGUGAGAGGCGUGCUAAGGAAGAUCGUCGACAGCAAGUACUUCAACCGAGGCAUCAUGAUUGCAAUCCUCAUCAAUACGCUCAGCAUGGGGGUGGAGUACCAUGAACAGCCUGCUGAGCUGACAGAUGUACUGGAGAUCAGUAAUAUCGUCUUCACCAGCCUCUUUGCCCUGGAGAUGGUGCUGAAGCUGCUGGCAUGUGGUCCACUUGGCUACAUCAGCAACCCCUACAACAUCUUUGACUUGAUCAUCGUCAUUAUCAGUGUGUGGGAGCUGAUCGGACAGGCGGAUGGAGGCUUAUCCGUCCUGCGCACAUUCCGUCUCCUCAGGGUCCUAAAGCUGGUCCGCUUCCUGCCAGCUCUGCGCAGGCAACUCGUGGUCCUGAUGAAGACCAUGGACAACGUGGCCACCUUCUGCAUGCUGCUCAUGCUCUUCAUCUUCAUCUUCAGUAUACUCGGCAUGCAUCUGUUCGGGUGUAAGUUCACGGUGCGUCUGGAGAAUGGGGACACCAUCUCAGACCGGAAGAACUUUGACUCUCUGCUUUGGGCCAUCGUCACGGUGUUCCAGAUUUUAACGCAGGAGGACUGGAACGUGGUGUUGUAUAACGGCAUGGCCUCCACAUCUCCCUGGGCUGCUCUGUACUUUGUGGCCCUCAUGACCUUCGGGAAUUACGUCCUCUUCAACCUGCUGGUGGCCAUUCUGGUGGAAGGCUUCCAGGCGGAGGGUGAUGCUAGCAGGUCAGAGAGCGAGGAUGACGCGUUCUCAUCUGACUUUGAUGACGAGGACAGGUUGAGGGAGCUGAUAAACUCAGGGUCGGAGGUUAAAGUGCAGACUCUCCUGCCCAUUUCGAAUGGCCACCUGGAGCCGCGGGCCAGCAUGCCACCUUACCUCUCCUACACGUCGGCCACGCCCAGAACCGAACUGUCCCACGUCGACAACCAAUCAAUGCGCAGCAGCAACGCUUCUUACGAGCACCACGACCAGAAGUCAAUGUCCAGUCUCUGGGGGAGUCGCCGCUCCAGCUGGAACAGUCUCGGACACGCCCCUAGCUUGAAGAGGCGUGGCCAAUUAGGAGAGCGAGAGUCCCUACUUUCGUGUGAAGACCAGGAGAGUUUUGACGAUGACCAAUCAGAGGAGGAAAAGUCCAGCAGGACGGGCAGCUUAAGCAGAGUUUCGCAUCUCGAGUCGUUCGAUUUUCCGGAGUUCCUGCAGGUCCCACCAGUGCCACACCUCUACAGUGAAUGCAACGGGAGAUUGGACGGAUCGUUCCCUUCGUCUCCGUACGCAACGCCACGUGACACAUCACACGCCCCCAAUGAGCAGGAAGAGGAGGCGGAAGAGAGCUGGUGUGUUAUUCUGAAGAGGAUCCUGGAGCCGUACAAGCCUCAGUGGUGCAGAGAUCACGAGGACUGGUCACUCUAUCUGUUCUCACCUCAAAAUAAGUUCCGCCUGCGUUGUCAGAGGGUCAUCACCCAUAAGAUGUUUGAUCACAUUGUGCUGGUUUUCAUCUUCCUCAACUGCAUCACCAUUGCGCUCGAGAGACCCGACAUCCAGCCACACAGCAUGGAGCGUGUCUUUCUCAGUGUGUCGAACUACAUCUUCACUGUGAUCUUCGUAUCUGAGAUGACUGUCAAGGUGGUGGCCAUGGGGAUGUACGUCGGCCCUGGCUCAUAUCUCCAAAGCAGCUGGAACGUUCUAGAUGGGCUGCUGGUGUUUGUGUCCAUUGUGGAUAUCCUAGUGUCUCUGGCUUCAUCUGGAGGAAACCGUAUUUUGGGAAUCUUGCGAGUAUUGCGCCUUCUCAGAACACUCAGACCUCUCAGGGUGAUAAGUAGGGCUCCUGGAUUAAAGCUGGUGGUUGAAACACUAAUAACUUCACUGCGGCCAAUUGGAAAUAUUGUGCUCAUCUGCUGUGCUUUCUUCAUUGUGUUUGGAAUUCUGGGAGUCCAGCUCUUUAAGGGAAAGUUUUAUCACUGUGAAGGCUUCGACACCAGAAACAUCACCAACAGGUCCGAGUGUCUGCAGGCCAAUUACCGCUGGGUUCGCAGGAAAUACAACUUCGACAACCUGGGCCAGGCAUUGAUGUCAUUGUUCGUUCUGUCAUCCAAAGACGGCUGGGUCAACAUCAUGUAUGAUGGAUUAGAUGCAGUGGCUGUGGACCAACAGCCAAUAAGAAACCAUAAUCCUUGGAUGCUCUUAUACUUCAUUUCCUUCCUGCUGAUCGUCAGCUUCUUCGUGCUGAACAUGUUUGUGGGUGUGGUGGUGGAGAACUUCCACAAAUGCCGUCAGGACCAGGAAGAGGAGGAGGCACGCCUCAGGGAGGAGAAAAGGCAGAAACGGAUGGAGAAGAGGCGCAGAAAGGCCCUCCAGAGGCCGUAUUAUGCAGACUACUCUCCCGCCCGCCUCUACAUCCACACCCUCUGCACCAACCACUAUCUGGACCUUUUCAUCACCAUCAUCAUCGGCAUCAACGUCCUCACCAUGUCCAUGGAGCACUACAACCAGCCCAAGUAUCUGGAGGAAUCCCUGAAAUACUGCAACUAUGUCUUCACGCUGGUGUUUGUGAUCGAGUCCGUGCUCAAGCUGGUCGCCUUCGGAUUCAGGCGGUUCUUCAAAGACAGGUGGAACCAGCUGGACUUGGCCAUAGUCCUGUUGUCUGUUAUGGGAAUUACGCUCGAGGAGAUCGACCUGAAUGCCUCGUUACCUAUUAACCCAACUAUCAUUCGCAUAAUGAGGGUGUUGCGCAUCGCCAGAGUGUUGAAGCUGCUGAAGAUGGCCACGGGGAUGAGAUCACUGCUGGACACGGUGGUCCAGGCUUUACCACAGGUUGGAAAUCUGGGGCUUCUUUUCAUGCUGCUGUUCUUCAUCUACGCGGCUUUGGGAGUCGAGCUGUUUGGAAAACUCGAAUGCUCGGAGGAGAACCCGUGUGAAGGUCUGAGCCGUCACGCUACGUUCGAGAACUUCGGCAUGGCGUUUCUCACUCUGUUCCGAGUCUCAACUGGGGACAACUGGAAUGGAAUCAUGAAGGACACACUAAGAGAGUGUAAGAGCGGGGAUCGCUGCUUGAGUUACCUGCCGCUGGUUUCGCCGCUGUAUUUCGUGACCUUCGUCCUGGUGGCGCAGUUCGUCCUGGUGAACGUGGUGGUCGCGGUGCUCAUGAAGCACUUAGAGGACAGCAACAAGGAUGCCUGCGAAGAGGCUGAGAUGGAGGCGGAGUUGGAGGCGGAGCUACAGGGUAAACGGUGGCAAAAUGCCACCUCCAGCGCCAGUGAAGUUCCUGGACCGCCUGCACCAAAGCAUGGUAACGACCUUCAGGACCAGAACCUGCUCUCGGUCGGGAAGCCGUGCAUAUCCAGGAUGCUGUCUUUACCUAACGACAGCUACAUGUUUUACCCCAAAGCUGGACACAAAUCGGGGGACCAGCUCUUCUCCAGACAGCAGACCAUCGACCAGAGUACCAUUGCAGACUCAGGUCUUUCUGCGAAGCCUGAGUCGUGCGAAUGGGAAUCCCUGCUGCUGGUUCCGCGGUCUCCCGCUGGCUCUGCCUCUUAUCCAGAACUUCUCCCACCGCAUCAGGUCACUCCACAGAAGCCUGUCAGGAUGCUCCAAAGACAGGGGGCGAUAAAGAGUGACUCAGUGGACUCUGCCAGCCCUGGAUCCAUGGACAGCUUAUUCCUGCGCCGCUCCGAUUCCCUCCAAGUUCCCAGCAUUCCUCUGACCGGAGGCUCUGCCCCUUGUUCGCCUCUGGCCACGCCCACUGUGUGUCGCACGCAGACAGCCAGCGUCCAAACGAGCAAACGUGUGUACAGCCAGCGCAGCAUCUCAUCACGCAGAUCCACACACACACAACCGGACACGUACACACACAUGUGCACAAACAUGCACAAGUCAAACACCUCGGACAAAGAAAUCAGGCAAAUCCUUUCGUCCAGCGAAGGAAAAGACUCCGGAGUCAGGUUCCUCCGACGCAGCUACACCUUAACACCGCACGUCGCAGGCACUUUAUGUUUGAAAAGCCAAUCACAGCGGAGUAACAGUACAGGAAGUGAACUGAGGAAAUACAACAGCAUGGACUUCACCCACGGGGCGUGGUCGAACCGGAAGGACUCGCAAGAAACGCAAACGUCUCUGUCACACAGGGGGCACAAAACAAGUCCACCUAGUGUCCCGGCUUCACAGCCCCGCCCUUUUUCCCUGACGCCUCUCACAAAGGCGUGGUCCUAAAACGGGGGGCACCGUCGCUUGACUCCACCCUUGCUCCACCCCCGUUCAGGGGAUCUUUGGAUCUUCCUGAUUCUCUGCUAGUUGCUAAGCCCCUCCCACAUUUAUCGAUCCGUUCGUCUGUCUGUUCUGAGCAAACGAACAAAUGCGUUUCAGACGAGGACCAAUCAUCGCACUGUGUCCCACUCGACGCCUAAUCAAAGGGUUUUUUAUGCGUGGCUUAUUGUUAGGAUGGUUUGUUCAGGCAAUGAUGAUUCAGACCAAAACUUUUGACACUAAUGUGCACCUUUAAGCUAGAAAAUCUUUUAAAAAAAAUAACAAUAACAGUAGGGUGAUAAUGAGUUAUGCAAUUGUUUGUUUGUCUGUUUGUUUUUUUCCCUAAUCAUAUUGAUUAGAGAUUUGAGAUUAUAAAAACUUUGUGCAGCUGGAUCCUUGUUAUAAAAUGAAGCUCAGAGUAGCUCUGUACCCUGCGUUCACACAAGCCUGAGACGAGUGAGCGUGACCUUUCGUUCGGACAAGAAAGCUGUAAAUAAACCUUCCAAAGCUAGCUAGCUAAUCGGUGUGCGAGCCGUUUGUUUGACUUGCGCUGAUGUUACGUUCUCGGCUUUGCGCUAGCUUCGUUCUCAAAUUAUGUUAGCAAGGCACGCUUUUUUGUACUAGCUAAGUCCACUCACUAGACGCACUAGCGAUCUUCCUGCUACUUCCUUCCGAGCGUUUAUUUUUCUACGUAGACACAAUUAAUAAGGUUGUAUAUAAACUAAAUCAUUAAGUUUUUUUUCUUAUUUUUCCCAUUUCAUUGCAAUAGCUACAAAAUCUGAGUGGGGAACCGAGAAAAUGUCGGACCCCACGAACCAUUGGGUUGGUCUGAAGCAUCGUUCGGUUCCGCACUUGAUAUAAUUUGCAUAAAUCGCGAUCAGAAAAGUCGCUUUGUCGCUCGCAGCAGUAAACAUGGGGUUACAAUCAGGUCGUGACGAAUUUCGAAAACACCCCGAUAAUCAUGAACAGGUUCAGGAGCCUUACAGAGAGCGGUGUAUUAGUGGACAGUUGCUAUGGAAACCAGACCUCAGAUGAAGGUACGAGAUACGGUUUUGACCAGAAAGUCAGAGCAGUGAUGUUAAUUAGUCUCAAAUGAUCCGUCUCAUAAAUCGGAAAACACACACUGCAUGAAGUCUUCAGGCGUGUCCAGAGGAGCAGGACAGAGGGACGGAGGACUCAUGGAUUUACUGAAUGCGGCACCGAUGAUGUUUUACAAACAACAAAAAAGUUUUGCACGUGCUAAUUUUUUUUCUUGUUGGUUUCCUCUUGAAAUAACUGUUUCUAUGAAAUCGGUUAGAUUUUCCCCCUGAGCCCCCGAGAGGUUCUGCAGUACGAUAUAUAAACCACUCUUCUAUUAUUAUUAUUAUUAUUGUGUUGUGUUGUGUUGUGUACAUUCGGUAAAUAUUUCGGCGUGAAAGCAGCCCGUAUGCGCAAACCAUUUUAAACAAAUACACAACAAAAACAUGAAAAAGGCAACAAAAACAACAUAUAGCAAAUGCACAACAGUUCAUUCGUAACACAACAAAUCAACAAGUAUGUGGUGUGUAGUAAAGACACAAAACCACAUGUUGUGUGUUGAUUUUGCUGUAAUGUUAUUUUUAGUUUUGUUGUGGCUGCAAAUGUGCAGUUGUGCGUUUGUUUGCCUUUUUAUUCCAUUAAUUUGUUGUUGUUUUUUUCUGAUUGUGUUUUUGCUUUGUGUUG